UUCUGAAUACACACUGACAGUCGGUGUUGGAAACCCAGUGAAAAUACUUGAAAAUGGCGGAGCAAUUUGAUGUGAGCGCUCUUCAGAAACAAGUUCUGUUAGAGAAGGCAAAACGUAGGACCGUUUUGCGUGAAGAAUUCUUAAAACAGACUAGUAACCCCUUCAGACAUGCAUCUGGUGAAGGUGGAGCUGUCUUCGACCCUGCCAUCCAGAGACACAACGCCAUGAGGAUUAACACCUUUGAGCAUUUCAGGCCUACAUUCAAGAACGUGAGGUUCGGUAUGAUGUUGAUCGUAGUCCCGUUCGUCGUCUGCGGCUAUAUCGUUCAAAAGGAUAGAACGGAAAAAGAAGCCAAACGACGGGCCGGACUUGUCGCCUACGCCGAUCGCGACUUCAAAUUUAUCUAAAUUUCCUUGCUGAGCUGUAGUUCAAUUUGUUGUACAUUAAAUCAUUAACAAGAAUACA